AUGGGUCGAUGCUGGCACCGUGCCCGUCAAGCGGAAGGCGACCGCAUCACCGAAGACGGUCUCUGCCUAUCCAUGUACCGCGCUCUGAAGUACCAAUGCACCUGCGUCGCCUUCAUCAAGAACUUUGUCGAGCCCGGCUGGCCCAUCCAAGCUGCCUCUGGCUACGACCUCGCGAGCGUCAUGCACUAUCCUAGCCGCAACGGCUAUGCAAAGCCAGAUUGCAAUGACAAUGGUGUGGACUGUCCCAUUCAGGCCUACCUCGACUCGAACGACCAUGGCGAGGGACUUGGGCUACUGGAACGCGCCACGAAGCCGAGCGAGAUGGAUAUCAUUUGGGUUAAGCAGAAUUACCCUUGGAAUGUGGAUGCUUGA